GGAGUGGACAUAGCUCGGGUUCUGGUUGAGCCGAGUUGUGGAGCAGAGUUUGGAAAUCUCUGGAGUCUGGGACCCAGCAGACAGACAGGAACCUCAUCACACCCCACAAAGCCUUAGCAUGGGGGCGUCUUACGGAAAGAAACGGAAGGCGUACAACAUUGAGCAACAGAGUGUGAAAAACGCAAAACACCUGAAUGGAGCGGCUUCAGCAUAUGCCGAUAUCCAAUGGGAACAGCCUCACCAACCGAGAACCCCGGACAGAGACCCGUUCGGUUUCCCUCCCCAUGGACCGAUCCCUCCACUGGCCAGUUAUGCUCCUCAGCCCGAUUACAUGACAGGGGAUGAUGAUGAUGAUCUCAUCAGGCCUAAAAAGCUGGUUAAUCCAGUGAAAGCCUCUAAAAGCCAUCAGGAGCUCCAUCGAGAGUUGCUUAUGAACCAUAAAAGAGGUGUCGGUGCGGAGAAUAAGUCUGAACUGCAGCGUGUGUUGGAGCAACGCAAGAGAGAUCAGAUGAUACGACAGAAAAAGGAGGAGGAGGAGGCCAGGAGGAAAAUCUCUCCGUUGGAACAAGAGCUCCUUAAGAGACACCAAAAACUGGAGGAGUUGGAGAAAGAGCAAGCAAAGCUGGAGAACAGCGACGGCAGCUCUCCGGAGUUCAUCAAAGUAAAGGAGAACUUGAGGAGAACGUCGUUCACAAGUCCUGGAGAAAAGGAGGUGUAGAGAUGCAAACACAGAUGGCAUUCGUAUCUGUAUUUGUGCACAUAAAGACCCGCUGCAGCUCCCAAACGUGACCCACACGGCUGUGCCCAUGUCUCACAUCAACAACAUCCCGUAGCAGACUCAAAGAGGGCGGAGAUACGACCCAAGAGCAUCUGUUACACCCCUGUUAGGACGUUUGUGAUCAAAGGGGUUUGUGAUAUACUACUAAGAGGAAUGAACGGAUCAGCUGUUUGUGGAUAAAUGGACAGCUACUGUAAAAGGUACAGGUUGUUUCAGUGGGAAUUACAGACAUGUAUUAGUAGCAUUUACAAGGCGAAUGCAUCAGUAUUACCAGACACAUGUUUGCACAUCAAACCGCCAAAUAUUUGUUCAUCGCCCAAUCUGAACAGCGUCUGUAAUUCUAAACAAUCAGCACAUGUCACUUUUGAAUAAAAAUAUAGCAACUAAGAUUACUUUCAUUCAUUUUGAUUUGAAGUAGGCUUUAACACCAUGAGACGUUGCAAUGGUGUGAGCAAACGUAUUUACAAAUCAGAAAUGUCAAGGAUGGAUGUUAAAAUGAUGACUUCGGGGAUGGUCACAAUUGAAUUUGACAGGACAGAGAUUAACUGUAGUUUUGCUUGAAAAUAUUUCUUAUUUCAGUGCCUUUGUUAAAGUCACAGUCUUACUGUUACUGGGAUUUAAUCAACAUAUUGUACAUUUAUCAUCUUAUCUUUGUAUAAUGUUCCUUAACUCUUAAAGGGUACCUCGACUAAAUAGACCUGUAGGCUUUAAUACUUCUACUACUAAAAUCCAUUGAUAGAAACACAUUAAAGGAGCUGUAUGUAGGUUUUUUACUGUAUUAAUUUAAAAAAUACUACAAUAUUUUUGUAGAUAUAAAGUGACACAGGCAUGGCAUAUUUUUGUAGGCCAACCCGCAGAUCCUUCGCAAAAAGCCAAUUUAUUUUUGCCAUAGACUUUUGGAUUAUGGCAAAAAAAAUAAGAUUUGUCGUUAACAAAAGUUAAAGAGAUUUACAUGUUUUGUCAACAAGUUAAAGGCGGGUUGGAUUUGAUAGACUCAACCUUCAUUUGAUAGACCCGCCCCACACAUACGCAACCCAGGCAACGAUGUUGGUUAGUAGACACGCCCCUUACUGCUGUUUGGCUACAAGUGUGUUUUGGUACUCCCGACUCCCUUUUCCAAAACCUCUCUCAAAAAUCGUGCACUCCAGCUUUAAUAUUUACAGAUGAAUGCAAAUUGUAUGAAUUUUGAAGGGUAAAUGCAUUUACUAGAAAUACCAAAAGCGGAAUUUUGACUUCAUAAAAACACGAGUGGACAAAAAGUGUGUCAUAAACUUUUAUUAAUCACAGUGCUUAUUUUUUUAGAUAAUCCAAAAGUCUAUGGGAAAAUGAAUGGGUUUUUUUGCGAGGGAACCAGUAUCCCGCAAACUUACGUGUUUCUCUUUUCUCUACAAAAAACGUCAUCCCUGCAGCACGUGGUUUAGGAAACAUGAUUUCACAUAUUUGUUUCUAUGUAGCCAGUUAUUAUUUUUUUUAAAUGUAUUUCGGCAUGUCUGUUUUUGUUUUGGUCUGUGUGAUCCUGCCCACCGCCAAUUUACCCAAUAGUGCAUUUUCGAAGCUUAGUUGCCAGUUACCUUGGUUGCUUAAAUGAGACCGCAAUGGCCCAUAAAUGCUACCUUCGGUGGACGCAACCUUCAACCGCAUAUUUAGAGUAAUAAAAAUCCACACGAUUGGGUUUGUAAUUUGCAGACAACAACAAAAAAAACCAUUGCAAACGCAAAAAUGAGCUGAUAAACUUGUGCUUUUCAUCGACAGUUGCGCUUCUGUGGCCCUGUCCCAAAUGGCGCACUUCAUGUAGACUUUCGCUCUCGUGGCCUUAAAUUGCACGUGCUCGCUUAGUCUAGGAGUCCGUAGGGUGUCCCAUCUGUCAUUUUUAUGCUCUGAAGUGUGCUCAUCAGCGCCCCCUUUACGCCCUUGCAGGCUCCACACACUUUACCAACCCAGAAGUUCUGGCGAAAGAGCAAUCAGACGACGGAAGGGAGGAGUUCACUGAUGGGCAACUUCUCUUCCUAUUUCCGGCGUGACACUCGAGUCUGUCCCAAAAUACGACUCCAGUGCACCCUCUUGGACUCGCGUCAAGCGUCCAUAACGUCUACAUCAAAGUGUGGACUCUGAAGAAGUCCAUAAGUCCAGUGUGUGCCAUUUGGGACAGGCCUAUAUGUGUCUGGCAACAUGAGAUGGAGGCAGAGAAAAAUCAUCUCCAAUAUUUUGAAUUUAGACUGUCAUACCAAGUUGAACCACUAGAAGUCAAUGUUACAUACAGCUCCUUUAAAUAUUUUCAUUACUUAAAAAAAAAAAAACAUGUAAUACUCAUUUUAAGCUGUGGAGGCCGUCGUUAUGUUUCUCGCAUUAUGAUGUCGCAAAAUAUUACUACAGUUUACAAUAAUAAAUACUAUGGUAUUUACAAUAGUUCAUGUGAGAAUGUUUCACUCCCCAUUAUCAGCUUUUAACCUCUUUAAUUUUUUAUGUUUUCUGUAUUGUUUAUCAUUUAUGUUACUCUCUGGUUCAUAUUGAAAGGGUUUAAGAGAAGACAUUGAUGUUUUUGCAUUGCAUGUAGAUGUCAACACCACAUACAGCCACCUACUGUCUGUGUGCAUUUAUAACUCUCAUCUUCUGUUUUACAUCAUUUUACAAUCUACUGACUUGUUUACCAUGUUCACCACGCUUUAGCCUUUAUAGAAAAGGUUUUGAAUGCAACUUUUUGACGUCAUGUAUUGUGAUGUAAACAUAAUGACGGGCUCCGAGUGAAACGCAUUUUUUAAAAGUUACAUUUGUGCCGUUUAUAAUUUCACAUUUAUUUGGUCAAUCCCAGUGUUAAUCGAUUACGCCAUACAUGUGUUUAUAGUCGGGGACAGGGUACCCUUUUACUCACACAUACAUAUAUAUAUAUAUAUAUAUAUAUAUAUAUAUGCAUCUGUGUGUCAUAAAGCAAAAGAAAAGGAGUGUCUUUCAAAACACUGAAAGCCUGUUUUGAAUGAUGACUACUUUGACUGGCCGCAAGUAAUACAAAAUAGAGCUAAACUGACAGUGAAUAUAUGUAUUAAGUGCAUCCAUUUGACAAUGAUUUAUUUUCUUAUUUGUCUUUUUCUAACACACAGCAUAUUUUUCAUUGUUUUCAGACUGUUUUACAACUGUUACCGUUACUGGUUACUAAAGCCAUUGGAUAACACAGCAAACCUGUUACUUUUCUACCCUAACUACAGUAAUUUAAUGUUAAUUUAAAUUGAUGUUGCUAAUGACCAUCUGACCCAAUGACCCAAGUGUGACCCUACUUUUGUGAGUAGUUGUAGCCAUAAGUGUACAGCAUAAAGCGGAAAAUAUAUGCUUAAUAUAAAUAAAUACUGUACAUUAAUAAUA